AUGCUCUCCUUUUCAACUCCCACCGCUCUCUACCUGAGCCUCCUCCUCCUCUUUCUGUUGUGCCUCUCCCCUGCUCUUUCUUGUCAGACUGGGACUCAGAGCCAGUGUAUGUCUGCUCCCUUUGUGCCUGGUUAUGACCUGGCAGGGGAGGGCUUUGAUGUUGUUACACUUAAGCGAAAAGGAGCUUAUGUGAUUGAUGUGAAGACCUACCUUACUCCAAGAAAAACCUGUACACUCUGCACCAACCCUCAUAAAGGCGGCCAACUGCAGAAAGUUGAUCUUGGAGGGCAGUUCAGGCGAGUCACGUCUACACGUACCUGCUUGUCCAGUCUGAAUCAUCUUACUUCAUCCCAGGUACACGACUGCUUGUCAUUGGGUGUCAAGGUAGGCCUGGGGAAUGUUAAUCUGGGUCCUUCUUUUAACUUAUGCGCCUCAGUCCUAAACAACCAAGGUGUCUCUGUUAUGUACGCCUCUGGUCUUCAUGGUCAUUAUUCAGAAGUGGUAGGAGGCAGAGGCUGGACUGGGGAGUUUUCACUCACCAGAAAUGACUCACUGGGCUACCAGAAUUGGCUAAAAACCCUCAUAGAUCAACCUGAUGUGGUUUGCUACUCUCUAAGACCACUGUAUGAACUGGUGCAAACGUCAGCACGGAAUAAAGGACUAAAGGCUGCAAUAGAGCAGUACUUAAAAGACAACAGCAUCAGUCGAUCAAACACACAGUCGUACUGUAGCAGCAGUGGUCCCAACCUGGAUUCCAACUGUUGUCCUAAAGAGAUUCAGAAAGGAACACUGAGGAUAACAAUGAUCCAAGCCUCUGGUCUGAAAGGAGAUUUUUUGGACAAGACUGACGGGUGA